CAGACACCGGAUUGCAGACCACCCUUCUGUGCAAGGCGCACACAGGAGCUUGCAGAGUGUUCAGAUUUUGAUUUCUCUUGAAAGAGAAAAGAAAGGGAGGGAAAGAUUGAAAAAGGAGCUCAGAUCCCACAGCCCCAGGGGGCGAAUCAUGGAUGCGACCAUAUUUCAGAUCAUCAUUGAUGAAUUUGAUGCCAACUGCAGCCUCCUAGAUGCUUUGCAGGAUACUUUUUUCAAGAGUUCCCCUGUUCCCUUCUUUGGCUUUGAUGGUCCAUAUUGCAAUGCCACCACUGAUCAGAUAGGGACCUGCUGGCCCCGGACCACUGCUGGGGAACUGGUGGAGAGACCCUGCCCGGAGUUUUUCAACGGGAUCAAAUACAACACCACCCGAAACGCCUACAGAGAAUGCAUGGGAAAUGGGACAUGGGCUUCCAAGAUCAACUACUCUCAGUGCGAACCUAUUCUGGACGACAAGAGGAAGUAUGCACUCCAUUACAAGAUUGCUCUCAUCAUAAACUACCUGGGGCACUGUAUAUCUAUAGGAGCGCUUAUUGUUGCCUUUAUGCUUUUCUUGUGCUUGAGGAGCAUCAGAUGCCUGCGAAAUAUUAUCCACUGGAACCUGAUCACCACGUUCAUACUGAGGAAUGUGAUGUGGUUCCUGCUUCAGAUGAUUGAUCAUAACAUACAUGAAAGCAAUGAGCCCUGGUGUCGGUGUAUUACAACGAUCUACAAUUAUUUUGUGGUGACCAAUUUUUUCUGGAUGUUUGUGGAAGGCUGCUAUUUACACACUGCGAUAGUGAUGACUUACUCCACAGAUAAGCUGAGGAAAUGGGUCUUCCUCUUCAUAGGAUGGUGUAUUCCUUGCCCAAUCAUUGUUGCCUGGGCCAUUGGCAAGCUCUAUUAUGAAAAUGAACAAUGCUGGUUUGGAAAGGAACCCGGGAAGUACAUAGAUUACAUAUAUCAAGGCCCAGUGAUCCUCGUUCUUCUGAUAAAUUUUGUAUUUCUAUUUAACAUCGUUAGGAUUUUAAUGACAAAACUGAGAGCUUCAACCACUUCAGAAACAAUACAAUACAGGAAGGCAGUCAAGGCUACGUUAGUCCUUCUGCCUCUUCUGGGUAUUACCUACAUGCUUUUCUUUGUGAACCCCGGCGAAGACGACAUUUCCCAGAUAGUCUUCAUCUACUUCAAUUCCUUCUUGCAGUCUUUUCAGGGUUUCUUUGUGUCAGUAUUUUACUGCUUCUUGAAUGGCGAGGUCCGCUCGGCCGCGAGAAAACGCUGGCAUCGCUGGCAGGACCACCACGCCCUGCGGGUGCGCGUGGCCCGGGCUAUGUCGAUUCCCACCUCCCCAACGAGAAUCAGCUUCCACAGCAUCAAACAGACGGCGGCAGUUUGACCACACAGACAUCCAGCCACCUUCAGAGUUUUUCCCUCUUCCCCUUUUUGUCUGUCUUUCCUCCUUUUCUCAGCACUGUGCUCUUCUUGCAGCGAGAUGCUCCCUUGUGUCUUGGUGGACAUUUGUCCAUUUAUGUAUGAGGCUGCUUUAAGGCAACCGGCCAAAAAUAUAACAAAGAAAGGAGCGCAGGGGGGAGGAGAGGGGAGCAGGUUUAGGAACAAUGGGAUUUAAAACUGGUAGCCCCAUUCGGAGAUUUUCAGCAUCUAAUGACAAAGGGGAAAAACCUGGUGGAAGGAACAAUCGAUUUCGUUUUUCUUUAAGGAUUGUGGUUAAAGAGACUGUUUUGACAAAUUGCCCGCCUCAUUCCACACUUCAACUCCUAAUGAUUUCAACAGGUUUGUUCUGUAGAUUGUCUGUCUGUCUCCUUCUUUGAGCUUGGUAAAAGUCUUGCCUAGUGAGCAAGGGAGCAGGCAAAAGGGGAUCUGGCAGGUGUUUGGGGGGAUCGGGAUGUGUGUAUCUUCCCCACUGCUCCCUCUGCUGGGUUAGAGAAUCACUGGUCUAUUUAACAGCCAGCUAUUUGUCCUGCUGGCACCCAGCCUUGUUCACAUAUGAGGUUUUGAAACGGACAAACUCAGCCGUAUCUCUGGAUCUCUCUAUAAAUUACUGUGUUUCAUCUCUGCUUAGCCGAAUAGUUUUGAAACUGUGUAAGCAGCCACCGGACCUCUUUGUUUUACCUGGUGGCAUGGAAAGGACAACUGAGGAUUUGCUCAGCUGUAUUGCUUGGGUUUCAAAAUAAUAAAAUAAAAGGGAAGCUGUGUAAAAACUCAUAACGCUGAUGGUGACGGGGAUGAUAUUUGAAUUACGAGGAAUGUGCAAAGUGCUGCACGAAGACUUUCUAUUUUGUGUUUUGAACUAGAGCAAACGUAUCUACUAGGCUUUUUAUGUGAUGUUCAGAAAUACUGUAUAUUUUCAAUAAUAAACACUAUUCUGGGUUGGUUUCUAUU